AUGGGUAUCUAUCUAAUAUUCUGUUCCAUAUUUGAGCAUCUGUCUAAUAUUGUUUUCCUUAUUUGGGCACCUGUCUCAUUAUCUUUUCCUUAUUUGGGCAUCUGUCUAAUAUUGUUUUCCUUAUUUAGGCAACUGUCUCAUAUUAUUUUCCUUAUUUGGGCAUCUGUCUCAUAUUCUUUUCCUUAUUUGGGCAACUGUCUAAUAUUCUUUACUUAUUUGGGGCUCUAUCUAAUAUUCUGUUCCUUAUGUGGGCAUCUGUCUAAAAUUCUGGAUCUAUCUAUCUAUCUAUCUAUCUAUCUAUCUAUCUGCCAUUCUGGAUCUAUCUAUCUAUCUAUCUAUCUGCCAUUCUGGAUCUAUCUAUCUAUCUAUCUAUCUAUCUAUCUGCCAUUCUGGAUCUAUCUAUCUAUCUAUCUAUCUAUCUAUCUGCCAUUCUGGAUCUAUCUAUCUAUCUAUCUAUCUAUCUAUCUAUCUACCUGCCAUUCUGGAUCUAUCUAUCUAUCUAUCUAUCUAUCUAUCUAUCUAUCUGCCAUUCUGGAUCUAUCUAUCUAUCUAUCUAUCUAUCUAUCUAUCUAUCUAUCUAUCUAUCCAUUCUGGAUCUAUCUAUCUGCCAUUCUGGAUCUAUCUAUUAUCUAUCUAUCUAUCUAUCUAUCUGCCAUUCUGGAUCUAUCUGCCAUCUAUCUAUCUAUCUAUCUAUCUACCUGCCAUUCUGGAUCUAUCUAUUCAUCUAUCUAUUUGCCAUUUUGGAUCUAUCUGCCAUUAUCUGAUCUGGAUCUAUCUAUCUGCCAUUCUGGAUCUAUCCAUCUAUCUAUCUAUAUCUAUCUAUCUGCCAUUCUGGAUCUAUCUAUCUAUCUAUAUAUUCAUCUAUCUAUCUGGAUCUAUAUCUAUCUGCCAUUUUGGAUUAUCUAUCUAUCUAUCUGCCAUCUGAUCUAUCUAUCUAUCAUUCUAUCUAUCUAUCUAUCUGCCAUUCUGGAUCUAUCUAUCUAUUCAUCUAUCUAUCUAUCUAUCUGCCAUUUGGAUCUAUCUAUUCAUCUAUCUAUCUAUCUAUAUAUCUAUCUAUCUAUCUGCCAUUCUGCCAUUCAUUCAUCUAUCUAUCAUCUAUCUAUCUAUCUAUCUGCCAUUUUGGAUCUAUUAUCUAUUCAUCUAUCUAUCCAUCUAUCUAUCUGCCAUUCUGGAUCCAUCUAUCUAUCAUCUAUUCAUCUAUCUAUCUAUCUGCCAUUUUGGAUCAUUCAUCUAUCCAUCUAUCUAUCUAUUUAUCUGCCAUUCUGGAUCUAUUCAUCAUCUGCCAUUCUGGAUCUAUCCAUCUAUCAUCUAUCUAUCUAUCUGCCAUUCUGGAUCUAUCUAUUCAUUCAUCUAUCUAUCUAUUUAUCUGCCAUUCUGGAUCUAUCUAUCUAUCUAUUCUGGAUCUAUCUAUCUAUCAUUCUGGAUCCAUUCUGGAUGGAUCUAUCUAUCUAUCUAUCUAUCUGCCAUUCUGGGUCUAUCUAUCUAUCUGCCAUUCUGGAUCUAUCUAUCUAUCUAUCUAUCUGCCAUUCUGGAUCUAUCUAUCUAUCUAUCUAUCUAUCUAUCUAUCUGCCAUUCUGGAUCUAUCUAUCUAUCUAUCUAUCUAUCUGCCAUUCUGGAUCUAUCUAUCUAUCUGCCAUUCUGGAUCUAUCUAUCUAUCUAUCUAUCUAUCUAUCUAUCUAUCUAUCUGCCAUUCUGGAUCUAUCUAUCUAUCUGCCAUUCUGGAUCUAUCUAUCUAUCUAUCUAUCUAGUUAA